UCCAGGAGCCAUUCGAUCCACAUUCACUUCCACUUUCACUUCUACACACACCAUCUCUCUCUCUCUUCUCUCUCUCUCUCUCUCUCUCUCUCUCUCUCUCUCUCCCACAAAAUGCCCUUUCCCUUUGUUUUCUUCACAUCAUGAAGAUACUGACUGGUUGAGGCUUCCAAAACUUUCCAGUUUACAGCUUAGUAAUGGGGACUCCAGUGAAUAUUAUUGUGGGUUCUCAUGUCUGGGUUGAAGACCCAGAUGAAUCUUGGAUUGAUGGACAGGUAUCAAAAAUCAAUGCGAAGGAUGCCGAAAUUGAAACUACCAAUGGAAAGAAGGUUGUUGCACAAUUAUCAAAAUUAUAUCCCAAAGAUAUGGAAGCUCCUGCUGGUGGAGUGGAUGAUAUGACUAAGCUGUCCUAUUUGCAUGAACCUGGAGUCCUGCAGAACUUAAAAAGUAGAUAUGAAUUGAAUGAAAUAUAUACUUAUACUGGAAACAUUCUGAUUGCAAUAAAUCCAUUCCAAAGACUUCCUCAUAUUUAUGAUUUGCACAUGAUGCAACAAUACAAGGGCGCACCAUUUGGAGAGUUAAGCCCUCAUGUAUUUGCAGUUGCUGAUGUUGCAUACAGGGCAAUGGUUAAUGAAAGAAAAAGCAAUUCAAUUCUGGUCAGUGGGGAAAGUGGAGCUGGUAAAACUGAAACUACAAAAAUGCUCAUGCGAUACCUUGCUUUCUUAGGUGGAAGGGCUGUCACAGAAGGACGAACAGUUGAACAACAAGUUCUUGAAUCAAAUCCAGUUCUGGAAGCUUUUGGCAAUGCUAAAACUGUCAGGAAUAACAAUUCCAGUCGUUUUGGUAAAUUUGUUGAGAUCCAAUUUGAUAAGAGUGGAAGAAUCUCAGGAGCAGCCAUUCGAACAUACCUUCUAGAGAGAUCUCGGGUUUGCCAAAUUAAUGAUCCUGAACGCAACUACCACUGUUUUUAUCUUCUUUGUGCUGCACCACAAGAGGAAAUUGAGAAAUACAAAUUAGGAAAUCCUAAAGCAUUUCAUUACCUUAACCAGUCAAAAUGCUAUGAACUGGCUGAUGUAAGUGAUUCUCGUGAGUAUCUUGCCACCAGGAGAGCUAUGGAUAUUGUUGGAAUAAGCCAAAAAGAGCAGGAAGCAAUUUUCAGAGUUGUUGCUGCAAUUCUUCAUAUUGGUAAUAUUGAUUUUUCCAAAGGAAAGGAAGUUGAUUCAUCAAUUCCAAAAGAUGACAAAGCCAAAUUCCACUUAAAAACAACUGCUGAGCUCCUCAUGUGUGAUGCUGAUGCCUUGGAAGAUGCAUUAUGUAAGCGUGUCAUGAUCACCCCUGAGGAAGUUAUAAAACGGAGCCUUGAUCCCCAGAGUGCAGUAAUCAGCAGAGAUGGCUUGGCAAAAACAAUUUAUUCUAGGCUUUUUGACUGGUUGGUGGACAAGAUUAAUAAUUCAAUCGGGCAAGACUCCAAUUCUAAAUCUUUGAUCGGGGUCCUUGAUAUCUAUGGUUUUGAAAGCUUUAAAUCUAACAGUUUUGAGCAGUUUUGCAUUAAUUUCACAAAUGAGAAGUUACAGCAACAUUUCAACCAGCACGUGUUUAAAAUGGAACAAGAAGAAUAUACGAAGGAGCAGAUUGAUUGGAGCUACAUUGAAUUUGUUGACAACAAAGACGUUUUGGACCUUAUUGAAAAGAAACCGGGAGGAAUAGUAGCUCUCCUUGAUGAAGCUUGCAUGUUUCCAAAGUCAACUCAUGAAACUUUUUCGAACAAGCUUUAUCAAACAUUUAAGAAUCACAAGCGCUUUAUUAAACCUAAAUUGUCUCGAACAGAUUUCACUAUUUCUCAUUAUGCUGGCGAGGUGCAGUACCAGUCUGACCACUUUUUAGACAAAAACAAGGAUUAUGUGGUUCCUGAACAUCAAGAUUUAUUGAGUGCUUCCAAAUGUCCUUUUGUAGCAGGGCUUUUUCCACAACUUCCAGAAGAGACAUCAAAAUCUUCAAAAUUUUCUUCAAUUGGUUCUCGUUUUAAGCUGCAACUACAGCAACUAAUGGAGACACUAAACUCUACAGAGCCUCAUUACAUUAGAUGUGUGAAACCAAACAACCUCCUCAAACCUGCAAUUUUUGAGAAUGUUAAUAUUAUGCAACAACUUCGCUGUGGUGGUGUUUUAGAGGCAAUCAGAAUCAGUUGUGCUGGCUACCCUACUCGCCGUGCUUUCUUUGAGUUUAUAAACCGAUUUUCUCUCCUUGCUCCAGAGGUCGCAGAAGCAAACCAUGAUGAGAAGACUGUUUGCCAAAAGAUUCUGGAAAAGAUAGGGCUUAAAGGAUAUCAGAUCGGAAAAACAAAGGUAUUCCUAAGAGCAGGUCAGAUGGCUGAACUAGAUGCACGAAGAGCUCUAGUACUCAGUAAUGCAGCAAAAACUAUCCAACGGCGUGUACGAACCCACCAGGCUCGUAAACAUUAUCUUGCACUGCGAAAGAAGACCGUAUAUGUGCAGUCUCUAUGGAGAGGAAGACUUGCAUGCAAACUUUAUCAUAAUAUGAGAAGGGAGGCUGCUGCUGUGAAAAUUCAGAAGAACUUACGCAGAUAUGAAGCUUGGAAAGCCUAUACUAAACUCCAAGCAUCAGUACUUACUUUGCAAACAGCUUUAAGGGCAGUCUCUGCCCUUAAGGAGUUCAAACUUAGGAAACAGACUAAAGCUUCCAUUAUUAUUCAGGCUCGGUGGCGAUGCCACAAAGCUGCUUCAUAUUAUAAGAGGCUCAAGAAAGGUUCAAUAGUUGCACAAUGCCGAUGGAGGGGGCGUGUGGGCAGGAAAGAACUUAGGAAACUGAAAAUGGCUGCAAGAGAAACUGGCGCGCUUAAAGAAGCAAAGGAUAAACUUGAAAAACGAGUGGAGGAACUCACUUGGCGUCUCCAACUUGAAAAAAGUUUAAGGACUAACCUAGAAGAAUCCAAAGCACAAGAGAUUGCAAAACUGCAGAAUUCACUACAGGAGAUGCAGAACAAAGUUGAAGAAACCAAUGCUAUGCUUGUAAAGGAGCGAGAGAAUGCAAAGAAAGUUAUUGAAGAAGCACCUCCGGUUAUUAAAGAAACUCAGGUUAUUGUUGAAGACACUCAGAAGAUUGAAUCACUAACCGCAGAAGUUGAGAGCUUAAAGACUUCUCUUGAGUCAGAGAAACAGAAAGCUGGUGACUUUGAAGGGAAAUACAAUGAAGCCAAAGCUUGUAGUGAAGAAAAGAGUGAAAAAUUAGAAGACACAGAGAAGAAGGUUCGUCAGCUCCAAGAAUCAUUAACCAGGCUAGAAGAGAAGAUUAAUAAUUUAGAAUCAGAGAAUCAGGUUCUACGUCAACAAGCUGUGUCUAUGGCACCUAAUAAGUUCCUCUCAGGACGCUCAAGAUCAAUUAUGCAGAGAAUUGACAGCGGACAUAUUGGAGUGGAAGCAAAGACACCGUUGGACAUGCAUAGCUCAUCAAUGAACCACAGGGAGUUCUCCGAAGUGGAGGAUAAACCGCAGAAGUCACUAAAUGAGAAACAACAGGAGAACCAAGAGUUGCUCAUUAGAUGUAUUGCACAACAUCUAGGCUUUGCUGGGAAUAGACCAAUUGCUGCCUGUAUCAUAUACAAAUGCCUCUUGCAUUGGAGAUCGUUUGAAGUUGAGCGUACUAGCGUUUUUGAUCGUAUAAUCCAAACUAUUGGCCAUGCAAUUGAGAAAACCCAGGAUAACAAUGAUGUCUUGGCUUAUUGGUUAUCCAAUGCCUCUACACUUCUCUUGCUACUGCAGCGCACACUUAAGGCAAGUGGUGCUGCUGGAAUGGCUCCUCAACGCCAUCGUCGGUCUUCAUCAGCAACACUGUUUGGGAGGAUGACACAAAGUUUCCGUGGAGCUCCAACGGGAGUUAAUAUUUCCCUAAUUAAUGGUAGCAUGAAUGGUGGAGUAGAUACAUUAAGACAAGUUGAAGCCAAGUACCCAGCUCUACUUUUCAAACAGCAGCUUACAGCUUAUGUCGAAAAGAUAUAUGGAAUGAUUCGAGAUAACUUAAAGAAAGAAAUUUCUCCCUUGCUUGGAUUAUGCAUCCAGGCUCCCAGAACUUCCAGAGCGAGCUUGGUUAAGGGAUCAUCACGUUCAGUUGCAAACACUGAAGCCCAGAAAGCUUUGAUUGCUCACUGGCAGGGGAUAGUUAAGAGCCUUGGGAACUUCUUAAACACUUUGAAAGCAAAUCAUGUUCCCCCAUUUUUGGUUCGUAAGGUGUUCACUCAAAUUUUUUCUUUCAUCAAUGUUCAACUUUUCAAUAGUCUUCUUUUAAGACGGGAGUGCUGCUCAUUUAGUAAUGGAGAGUAUGUGAAAGCUGGUUUGGCUGAAUUGGAGCAUUGGUGUUAUAAGGCAACAGAUGAGUAUGCAGGUUCAGCCUGGGAUGAGCUCAAACAUAUUAGACAGGCUAUUGGAUUUCUGGUCAUACAUCAGAAACCAAAGAAAACACUCGAUGAAAUAAGUCAUGACCUGUGCCCAGUCCUCAGUAUACAGCAGCUAUAUCGGAUUAGCACCAUGUACUGGGAUGACAAGUAUGGCACACAUAGCGUGUCCCCUGAUGUCAUAUCCAAUAUGAGAGUGUUGAUGACUGAAGAUUCAAAUAAUGCAGUUAGUAAUUCCUUCCUGUUGGAUGAUGAUUCAAGCAUUCCGUUUUCUGUUGAUGACAUAUCAAAGUCAAAGGAACAGAUAGAUAUCUCUGAUAUCGAGCCCCCACCAUUAAUUCGUGAGAACUCUGGCUUUAGUUUCUUAUUGCCACGCUCAGACUGACAGCUUCCCUUACAGAUUUGGUCGACUGAUACUCUUACCUUCGCCGAGAUAUAAAGUCACAUUCAGUUAGAUGUUAUCAUGAGAAACUGAUUUUUUAUUUUUUUUGCUUUGGUUACAUCGGAAAGAAGAUUGUGUUUAACAUAAGAAAUUUAUUUAUUAGUAGUUUGAAAAGGGGAUGACAUAGUGCAGAUUUUACGUUGUGCAACUAGCUUUUGGGAUGGGAGUCAAAAGCAUAUAGCCUUUUCUCAUGAAAUUUUGACCACCUUUUUAUUUGGACUAGCCACUCGUCAGCACCUUGUUUUACUUAGAAGAUUUUGUACCUAGAAGCAUAGGAAUAUCACCAAAAUACAGGAAUUAUUGAU